GCGGCGGACGCGGCCUGAGGGAGCGGCCGGCUGCCGCCUCGCCCGCCGCGGGGUCCAUGGCCUGAGCGGCCAUGUCCGGCGUGGUGCGGACCCUCAGCCGCUGCCUGCUGCCGGCCGAGGCCGGCGGGGCCCGCGAGCGCAGGGCGGGCGGCGGCGGGGCCCGCGACGCGGAGCGCGAGGCGCGGCGGCGCAGCCGGGACAUCGACGCGGGGCUGGCCCGCGAGAGGCGCGCCGUGCGGCGCCUCGUCAAGAUCCUGCUGCUGGGCGCGGGCGAGAGCGGCAAGUCCACCUUCCUCAAGCAGAUGCGCAUCAUCCACGGCCGCGAGUUCGACCAGAAGGCGCUGCUCGAGUUCCGCGACACCAUCUUCGACAACAUCCUUAAGGGCUCAAGGGUUCUGGUUGAUGCACGGGACAAGCUUGGUAUUCCUUGGCAGCAUUCUGAAAAUGAGAAGCACGGGAUGUUCCUCAUGGCCUUUGAGAACAAGGCAGGGCUGCCCGUGGAGCCUGCCACCUUUCAGCUGUACGUGCCUGCUCUGAGCGCGCUCUGGAGAGAUUCCGGCAUCAGGGAAGCUUUCAGCCGGAGGAGCGAGUUUCAGCUGGGUGAAUCAGUGAAGUACUUCCUGGAUAACUUGGACCGGAUUGGCCAGCUGAACUACUUUCCUAGCAAGCAGGACAUCCUGCUGGCGAGGAAGGCCACCAAGGGCAUCGUGGAGCAUGACUUUGUCAUCAAAAAAAUCCCUUUCAAGAUGGUGGAUGUGGGCGGCCAGCGGUCUCAGCGCCAGAAGUGGUUCCAGUGCUUUGAUGGGAUCACGUCGAUCCUCUUCAUGGUCUCGUCCAGUGAGUACGACCAGGUCCUCAUGGAGGACAGGCGCACCAACCGCCUGGUGGAGUCCAUGGACAUCUUUGAGACCAUUGUCAACAACAAGCUCUUCUUCAACGUCUCCAUCAUCCUCUUCCUCAACAAGACGGACCUCCUGGUGGAGAAGGUAAAGACCGUCAGCAUCAAGAAGCACUUCCCAGACUUCAAGGGGGACCCGCACAGGCUGGAGGACGUCCAGCGCUACCUGGUCCAGUGCUUCGACCGGAAGAGACGGAAUCGCAGUAAGCCGCUCUUCCACCACUUCACCACCGCCAUAGACACCGAGAACAUCCGCUUCGUGUUUCACGCUGUGAAGGACACCAUCCUGCAGGAGAACCUGAAAGACAUUAUGUUGCAGUGAGAGAGGACGCCCCUCACUCUUGGGGUCCUUCAGCAGCCUCGCCGGCCACAGGCCGGGUCGCCCCGGCGUCCCGGACGGGCUUCCCGAAUCCGUGCGCUCAACACCCGGCUCAGGGGUGCUGUGAGGCCCGCCACGCUCUAGGCCAAAGGGCGUGACGCUUGGACGUCAGCUACUGAAUCCUGGGGACUCGUGAAACUACUGAAGAUCCAAGCGAUCACUUUGGUAUCAAUGUGUAAUGCCUAAUAACACAGCUUUCUCUCUUUUUACAGAAACUGUUCCUUCUCUGACACAGUGUAAUCGAGGACUGUGUGCGCGCGCGCGCACUCUGUCUUUCAUGACAGAAACACGAAAACCGACACCUUUGCAGAUGGCUUUUCCCUCUAACUCGAGAGUGCUUGGUGAGGAGUGUUGCCGGGGCGGGGGGAAGGCGGGUGGUUUGUAGGAGGUGAAGCGCGGGCUGUCACCACCACCUCCCCAAGGGAACACGAUGCCUUUUAAGUCUCUUGUGCCGAUGUCCCGAGAGGCCCCGGCCCGGCCGUCAGAUGACAGGGUGGCAGUGAGAGCUGGCGGUGUGGACCUAAGGCCCCACAGCCUGCGCUUUCUUCCCGCCCGGUCCGAUCAGCCCGCGGCACGACGGGACACGGGGCGGAAGGCGUGCGCACGGGCGCUGCCGGGAACGGCCCCCUCCCCUCGGCACAGGUCUGUGCCCCCUGCCUCUGUGCCCACCCUCCCGCCCCUCGGCAAAGACUGCAACCAGCUGGCCUUGCAGAUGACUCUUCUGUCUUCUGAGUCGCCUCCGACGCUGCAGUCGGCCGCAGGGAGCCUUUCCUUCUUUGGAGGGAGUGGAGAGCUCCUUUCCUCUCGGGGGCUUCCGAGAGCUGGCGCCAUUGCCAGCGGAGCCCUCGUUAACACCCCCGGGCUCCGCGCUGCCUUAUGGUGGCCGGGAAUCGAGGUUCUCAUCAGGGUCUCUCGCGUCUCCUAACGUACACACAUCGCAGGAGAGCUGUCG